UAUGUGUCGUAUAGAAACAAAAUCCGCCAGAUCCAGUUUUGGGGAAAAAUAAGCUUUUGUAGUCUAUGGAUUCAGUAUCUUGAGCUCUAUGGUCCAAUAAUAUAUAUAAUCUUUCAAACCCAGUUAAAUCCUAGUUAAUUCACGUACUUUUUUUGCGUUUCAUUUCAAAACACGCCAGAUCUUUGACAAGACAACAUCAAAAGCCGCUAGAUCCACCUCAGCCAAUCAGAGAAAAGCAUUUUGACAGAAAACCGUCAUGGCGUUACUAAAUAUAGUAAUGGCCGCUCAUGCAUUUGCUUGUGAUUUCGUGCCGGCUAUAUCGUGAAUUUUCAUCAAAAAAAUGUCCGAUUUACUAAAAAAAAUAGAAUCAGUUCUUCCGGAACAUGCAAGGAAGCGAGGGGUCAACAAAAGUAACUGGAAAAGUGAGAAAAAACGAUGUGAGCGAUAUUCUGCGAAAAAACUGCCAUCUUUCCCAAAAUGUAAGCACAAAACGAAUUCUACUUUUAAAUGCCUUACACUAAAAACGCAAGAUGUUGCUCGGUUUCACCAGAAUUUCUACAAAUUGAACAACAAAGUCAGCCAAGACAACUUUAUACUAAAACAUUGCCGUCUCUCCAAAUGCCACAGAAAAAGGCUCAAAGAUCAGUCUAGAGGACCAAAGAAUUUAAGUGCAGAAUACUAUGUCACAAUUAAAAAUCCUCACAAACAGGUCAGGGUAUGCAAAAGUGCUUUUAUUAAAAUAUUACAAGUGGGGAAAGAUAGAGUUACAGGCAUUCUACAGAGAUCUUAUAAAGAUGGAGGCAGUGUUGCUAAAGAGAAUCGAGGUGGAAACCACAAAAAAGAUCGAUAUGCGCAGAGGCAAAGAAGUGUAAUGACAUUUAUUGAGUCCAUAGAAGCAGCUGAACCUCAUUACUGCAGGGCCAAAUCGUCUGUAAGACUGUACUUGCCACCUGAAUUAAAUAUUAAAAAGCUGUGGAAAAUGUAUGAAGAGCAAGUUGCAAGUACCCCCUAUCUAAAGGUAAAACAGUCAUUUUUCAGACAAAUCUUUAACCGCAAGUACAAUGUUGGUUUUGGUUCUCCCUUGAAAGAUACUUGCUCCAGAUGUUUUGAAUUAAAACGGAAAAUAGAAACUACUAACGGCCAAGAGAAACAGAUUUACAUAACCCAAAAAAGGUUACAUAGCAUGAAAGCCAAAGCCUUUUAUGACUUGUUAAGAAAGGAAGAACAUGAUACCAUAUCACUGUCAUUCGAUUGCCAAAAAAACAGCGCGCUGCCUAAACUGCCCGACCAAGCGGCUUACUUUAGUAGGCAGUUCAAUAUGAGCAAUUUUACAGUUGUUAUUGGUAGUUCUAAAUCUGCUUUAGAUAACGUACGAACUUAUUACUGGUGUGAGAAUGAGCAUGCAAAAUCUUCAUCUGAAAUCGCAAGUGCAGUAUUCGACACAUUGAUCAGCUUGGAUAUCCCAAGCGAUAAAACAAGAGUAAGACUGUUUGCUGACGGUUGCGGCGGUCAGAAUAAGAAUACAAUUUUAGUGGGCAUGUGCAUGAAAUGGUUGUAUUCAAACGCACCACCACACGUAAAAAAACUUGAAAUUAUAUUCCCCAUGGUUGGACAUUCGUUCUUACCGCCCGACAGGGUAUUCGCGAAAAUUGAAAAGGAAGUAAAGAAGAUGUCAGUCAUAUGCGACCCACAAAUGUAUGUAAAUUUAUUUACAAAACACGCAACUAUUGUGAAACAUUUGGGUGUGGAUGUUGAAGUGUAUGACUGGAAGAACGAAGUGACUAAUGUAUGUAAACCUCCUGGCAGCUGGCAUUUCAAAUUUAAUUCUUGCAAACGAUUUAUACUGCACAAAGGACGCCAGAAUGUAAGCGUACAAGGAGAGGAAAACUACAGAAGCGAAUGUACUCAGCCAAAAUAUGUGACUAAGAAAGGAAGACGUUGCGCGGAAUUGGAACCUGUAAUAAGACGAAAGGGGAAUAAAAUUAAUAUAAAAAAAAUUGCUGAUGUCUCGAACCUGUUAUCGAAGCACUUUGGCGAAGACUGGAGAACUAUUGAGAGUUUAGCUUACUAUAGGGACAUUGAACUUAAUAAUGACAAUUCCGAAGAACGUGAAGAUCUAGUAUGCGUACCGCUUGAAGAAAGUGACAAUUGUAUUUGAUACAAUAUUUGCGAUAUUAAUUAAAGUUCAGAUUUAUAAUU